CGGAAACGGACUCACGUUCUGUCUCGUUGGUGCAUUGCUGCCUGCUGCAGCUACGAUAAAACAUAAUAGCAAAGUGGUGGAAGUAACGACGUACGUGCAUUUCUAUACCAGCGGGGAAAUAAAACAAACAAUGGCUCUUGAAUCGCGGAUCACACAGGAAGAAAUCAAGAAGGAACCAGAGAAACCCAUUGAUCGAGAAAAGACCUGCCCUCUUCUGUUGCGAGUAUUCACCACCAACAGUGGUCGACAUCACAGAGCAGAUGAAUUCGCUCGUGGCAACGUUCCCUCCAGCGAACUGCAGAUAUACACAUGGAUGGAUGCUACUCUGAAGGAGCUGACCAGCCUGGUGAAGGAAGUGUAUCCAGAGGCCAGGAAAAAGGGAACUCACUUUAGCUUUGCCAUAGUCUUCCCUGACCCCAGAGGGAAAGCCUACAGGUUGAAAGACAUCGGCAGUACUGUAUCCGGCAGGAAGGGCGCAGAUGACUCCAUGACACUGCAGUCUCAGCGCUUCCAGAUUGGAGACUAUCUGGAUAUAGCUAUCACACCGCCUAACAGAGCCCCACCCCUUAGCACACGCAUGAGGCCAUUCUGAACACACACACAUACACACUAACAUGCAUACAUAAAGCAUCACACCUAAUUCUGUUUUUGUUUUCUCUUUUACAUCUUGGAUGGUUUUUGCCUCAUUUUAUAAAAUGUGACAUGAAAUAAAGUUGUCUUUUUUUUU